GAGAGAGAGAGAGAAGGCGAGGGGGCACGUUUGCUGGUGCUGCUGGGCUGGGAACUCCGCUUAAGCACGUGGCAGGCUUUUUCAGGGAGUCCGCAAGAGUCGACUUGACCCUGCACCCCCUUGCUAGAAAGUUUAAGUUUCUGCGUCUUCGGUUCUUUGCAGUGCCCCGACAUUGCCGCGCUCCCCCCACCCUCCUCCAGGAUAGAUCGCCCUUUGCCCAGUGCACACAAUGGGCUCGAAAGCCUCUAUCCGCUACCUCGCGGCGGGGCUGCUGCUGACGCUUUGCACCCGGGGGUCCUUGGGCGUCCCCACUUUCAGGAAGGAGAGGGGAAUUCAUCCGGAGCCCGAGCUCAGCGAUCAGCAGCACGAAGACAACCAGAGCUUCCAGUACGACCACGAGGCCUUCCUGGGCAAAGAAGAAGCCAAAACUUUCGACCAGCUCACCCCAGAGGAGAGCAAAGAAAGGCUAGGGAAAAUUGUUAAUCGAAUUGAUGAUAACAAAGAUGGCUUCGUCACCACAGAGGAACUGAAAAACUGGAUUAAGCGAGUGCAGAAACGCUACAUCUUCGAAAACGUGGCAAAAGUCUGGAAGGAUUAUGACCUCAACAAAGACAACAAAAUUUCUUGGGAAGAAUACAAACAAGCCACAUAUGGCUAUUACCUUGAAAACCCAGCCGAGUUUGAAGAUGCAACAGAGCAGCACAAUUUCAAGAAAAUGAUGCCCAGGGAUGAAAGAAGAUUCAAAAGAGCUGACCUGGAUGGUGAUUCCGAAGUCACUCGUGAGGAGUUCACAGCUUUCCUUCACCCAGAGGAAUUUGAGCAUAUGAAAGACAUUGUUGUUCUAGAAACCCUGGAGGACAUAGACAAAAAUGAAGAUGGAUUUGUGGAUCAAGAUGAAUACAUUGCUGAUAUGUUUGCUCAUGAAGAUGGUGGUCCAGAACCUGACUGGGUAAUAACUGAACGGGAGCAGUUUGCAGAUUUUCGGGAUCUCAACAAGGAUGGGAAGAUGGAUAAAGAGGAGAUACGACACUGGAUUCUCCCACAAGACUAUGAUCAUGCACAAGCCGAAGCCAGACACUUAGUAUAUGAGUCGGAUGUUGACAAGGACCACAUGUUAACCAAAGAAGAGAUUCUGGACAACUGGAAUAUGUUUGUUGGAAGCCAAGCAACAAAUUAUGGAGAAGACCUCACAAAAAACCAUGAUGAGCUAUGAUGUUUUUUGAAAAGCAAAUACACUAGAGACUUGGAUCAUGUUUUCCUGUAUAUAACCAAAGUAAUAGUGGCUAUUUUAGCAGAUUAUAUUUUUAAUAAGGCUAUUUUUAGUAUUGUUGAAUAUACAAUAGGUUUACCACUUUUUAAUUGCACAUUUUUAUUAUACAUUUCAGUAUAAUUUUGGGGAUGCACUUUUCAGUUACAGCUUUUGAUACACUUUCACCUCAGCCAUAAAUACUGAGACUUGGAAUUCUCACUGACAUUGGUGAGACUUAGCUUGUAAAAUGUAGUAUGUAAGAUGAGUAGCCUCAUAGGAUAUCCUUGUAUGUUGUUGACCUAUACCAGGGGUCAGCAA